AAAUUUACAGUUCGCCAAAGAUGCCGAAACUGUGCGCUGUGUGCCAAAAAAACGCAACUCAGGCAUGCUCUGCGUGCUGUCGGGCGUUUUAUUGCAGCAAAGAGCACCAAAAGGAUGACUGGAAGAAGCACAAGACUUCGUGCGUUUGCUACAAAGUCACACGGGACGACACCCUUGGGAGGUGUGUCAUAGCCACCAGGAACAUCCGACCUGGAGAGGUCAUCAUGAAGAGUCCGCCCUUGCUAUUAGGGCCCAAAACUGUAAGCGCCCCGCUUUGCUUAACCUGCCAUAAGCGCCUUGACUUGGCCACGAGCAGGUACGAGUGCUGCAAGUGCCACUGGCCUCUGUGCGACGACCAGUGUGCACGUCACCCUCUGCAUGAACCCGAGUGUCAAAUUUUCGCCAAAGCUAACUUCAAACCGACUGUGAAGAACGACAACUCGAAACAGUCGAUAUAUUCUUCAAUAGCACCGCUAAGAGCUCUCCUACUCAAAAUGAACGACCCUGACAAGUUCGAGCUACUCAUGAACGGUCAAUGCCACCUUGACGCACACUUGACCACCCCCUUGUACCAUAUACUCAAACGCAGCUUGGUCCCUUUCAUCACCCAGCUGCUCCAAGUCGACACUAACGACACCGAAAUUCUGACAAUUUGCUCCAUUUUUGACACUAACUGCUUCGAGGUGCGGGACCCUCAAGGGUUGGUUAAUAUCAGGGGGCUGUACCCUAGUAUUGCCCUCCUGUCGCAUGAUUGCAGACACAACACUAAACACACCUUCGAAGGAGAGGGCUUCGAUUUGGUACUCACAGCCACAAGACCCAUCAAAAAAGGGGACUUAAUCACAGUCACUUACACUCAGACUCUCUGGGGGACUCUAGAGAGACGGGCACACUUGAAGAUAUCCAAACACUUUGACUGUCUUUGCCAACGGUGCAGCGACCCCACGGAAUUUGGGACUUACGUGGGCUCGAUUGUCUGCAUCCGUUGCCAAGAUGGGAAAACCAUCAGCUGUGAUCCUCUGGAUCGCCAAGCUGACUGGAAGUGUGAAAAAUGUGGGUUUCUAGUGGUAUCAGAAGAGAUAGCCUGGAGGAAUGAAAGCUUGAAACGAGAGGUGUCCCAGUUGGACAAAGCUGAUCCAGGAAGCUUGGAAGAAUUUCUGGAUAGAUACAAAACGGUGCUCCACGAGAAAAACUCUUUCGCUUUGCAGGUAAAGUAUGCCUUGACUCAGAUGUACGGAAACAUGGAAGGAUACAGGCUUGAAGAGCUUUCAGACCAACUAGUCGACAGAAAAGUUCAACUAUGUGAGGAGCUUCUGGACGUUGCGGAAAUUCUAGAGCCAGGUCUUUCGAGGUUUCGGGGGUCGCUGUUGUACGACUUACACGAGGCACUAAUGGCCAAAGUGAAACUAGGACGAAAAGAGUUGGAAGCUAAGGCGCUGGAAUGCUUGAAGGAAGCGGGCCAGAUUUUGGAAACUGAGCCGGAUUUGGGACCCAUGGUUAAAAAGAAAAUGGAGAAGCUAACAUAGAUGUCUUAUGAUUGUGUUGCAGAGGCAGAAAGAAGCUUUUAGACAGCUUUGUAGGUUCCAAGUAGAGGUGGAAUAGGUGCUGGGCUAAGUAGAGGGUUGUAAUUCCGGUAAAGUAAUGAUGGAAAAAGGUUGGAAUACCGGAAACGGUGCAACGAAAGGAGCUUGUUCGUUUUAAUGUUUUGUCUUUGUCGGUAUUUGGUCUAUUUUGUGUCAAUGUAAAGUGUAACCUAGGGUACAACGUCAAAGAUUAUGCAAAUAAAUGAA